CGUAUCAUCAGUGGCGAGGAGGUCAAUCCUCCUGGCAAAUAUCCCUGGAUGUUGGGCGUCGUCGCCGUGUCCUCGAGCGGCUCCGAGUCGUUCAGAUGCGGCGCAACCCUCAUCACGUCACGAUACGCACUUUCCGCAUCGCACUGCUUCUUCUCAAGCGGCACAGACUCCAACCUGGGCUCAAGCACCAUUUCACUGAAAGUUGGCGCACACGACAUUGACAACCCAAGCAAGACAGUCGAGGUGACAGACAUCAUAGGUCACCCCGAUUACGACGGUAACAAGUGGGAGAACGACAUCACCGUGCUGCGACUCGCCGAGGACCUCGACACGAGCACGUAUCCACCGGUCAGGCUCGAAUGGGACCCCGAGAAAUACGCCGAGGGUACCCCCGCGAGGGUCAUCGGUUGGGGCACGACGGCGCAGGGGAGCGGCCAGGCGUCGCAGGUGCUCCUCCAGGCAAACGUCCCCGUGGUUUCGCAGGAGACGUGCUCGGGUCCGGGCAGCUAUCCACCCGGGGGCGCGGGCCUCACCGUCACAGACGCCAUGCUCUGCGCUGGAUUCGAAAAUGGUGGAACCGAUGCGUGCCAGGGCGACUCGGGGGGACCGCUUGUGGCGAUUGAUGCAAACGGGGAUUUGUCGCAGAUUGGCAUCGUGAGCUGGGGCGAAGGGUGCGCGCAGGCCCAAAAGUACGGGGUUUACGCCCACGUCAAUAACCUCAGGGGUUUUCUAG